AUGCUCAUCUACUACUACCUGUGGCGGUUCUUCUCCGCGAAGAGCGACGGCGACGACGACGGCGGCGCGCUGUCGGGGCGGGUGGCGGCCGCGGGCGGGGGAGGGGACGGCGACAGUGACGGUGACGACGACGACGCGGGGUCACCGUCGCAGGCCGUGUCGCCCAAGGCGAGGGACCGGCAGGCGAUGGAGCGUGCCAUCACCGCGCUGCCCGUCUUCGUCGUGCACAUCCCCAGCCCCUCCGGCGUCUCCACCUCCGCCAGCGGCGACGGCGGCGCUGCUGAUGAUGCUAGUAGCAAGGUGGCGGCGGAGUGCGCGAUCUGCAUCGCGGAGUUCGCGGACGGCGAGGAGGGCCGCCUGCUGCCGCGGUGCGGGCACCGGUUCCACGCGCGGUGCGUCGACAUGUGGUUCCAGCUCCACUCCACCUGCCCGCUCUGCCGCGCCGCCGUCCUGCCGCCGCCGCCGCCGCGCGAGCACGACGACGGCCAGGCGCAGGCGGUCGCCGUCACGCCGCCACCACCGGAUGCCCAUGAUGCGAGCUCAGACAACUGUCCAGUGUGA